AUGUUUAUUUCAUUAUUAGCUAUCUUGGCAUUGUCAGCCAUUAUGAAUAAUGAAUUUACUAACGCAAUUGACCAAGCUGGACGUGACGCAGUAGUUUAUUGGCACAAUUACUUCCGUGCUGAACUAGUUGCAGGAAGGGUUAAAAAUAAAACUGGAGAGUUUCUGCCAAAAGCAAAAGAUAUGAAAAAAAUGGAAUUUUCUCUAGAACUCGAAAAGCAAGCACAGGCCUGGGCUGAUAAAUGCACUUAUAGUCAUUCGGACCCUUAUGGGAAUUAUGGAGAGAAUUUUUAUGCUUAUGCAAGAAUGGACAAUGAUUCUGCUGCCAUCGAGUAUGUAGUAAAAGGAUGGUGGUCAGAGUUGGAAUACAGAGGAGCUUUGGGACCUUAUCCUGGCCAAGACUGCGUUGCAUUUGAUGCACCUCAAAAUAAUAGAGGUAUUGGACAUUGGACACAACUUGCCUGGUAUAACACGUAUCAAGUCGGGUGUGGAAUUGGACGUUGCCCCAAAUAUACAGGGUGCGGCAAAUUUAGCGCCGACUUUGUUUUGGCUAUAACUUUUUUAAUUUUAAUCGAAAAUUGA